CAGAGUCGGUGGCCGCGCAUCAGGUGGAAGAGAUGUUAGAGAACGCGAGGAUAGACAAACCAGUAGACCUGUUUGCUGGCGGUAAUAUGUCUGCCAUCCAUGACCUGGACCAACUGAAGAAGAUUCGUCGUGUAAAGCACUAUGUAAUGGAGAAGGUGUUGGCGAGUGGUGCGUACGGACUGGUGCAGCAGGGCUUCAACGAAAUCACACAGGAGAAGGUGGCGAUAAAGAUGAUGAUCAAGUCCGAGAAGGAUGUGGACAAGGAACUCGAGGAAUUCAAACUGCUGCGACAGAUCACUCACCCGUACAUCAUCUCAGCCGUGGAUGUGGUGGAGCGAGAAAGGUAUCUCUUUAUAGUCCUGGGUCUGGCCACCGGCGGCACUCUGACCAGUCUGUUGAGCAGUCGACCUGACUGUCGCAUGGAGCCACAAGAGACCAAGCACUUGUUCUAUCAGAUGCUACAGGCAGUGGGCUAUCUGCACGAACACAGCAUAGCCCACCGCGAUGUGAAGCCAGACAAUAUACUGUUGGACCACCGCGGCAAUGUGAAGCUCACAGACUUUGGGGCGGCCGUGCGAUUAACCCAUGAGAAUGAACGCUGCAGUGAUGUCUGUGGCACCAUCUACUACGUAGCGCCUGAGUUGGUCCACGCGCCCUACUUGCCUCGGCCGCUGGACGUGUGGGCGUUGGGAGUGGUGUUAUUCAAUAUGGCGACAGGGAUGUUCCCCUUCAUUCCCAAUACAACAGACCUGGAAGCCUUCUUAGGAGCGGUCGCACAGCAGAAGCUCAACUUCCCGGAGAGUUUGGAGUAUGAUGCGAGAGUGAUUAUCACGUGCAUGAUGACUGUCGACGUCGAAAAGCGCAUCACCGUACGAGAUGUUUUGAAAUACGAAUGGUUUGAGAAUGAAAAGAUUGAGUUCCAAAAUGCGGUGCAGGAGAACUGCACCAGUAAACCGUCCAUCCGCAUGAGCUAUCUCAACCAGUCGCAGGAUCUGAUUGACGACAUGGUCACCUCAGUCGACAAGUGUGCCGAGUCAUGGGGCGAGAGCAGUCUGUAUACUUCUAAGGAUUUUGCCAUCUUUACGAAAAGGUCUGUUAUACCCACAGCCCAAGCAGCCCCAUCUCCAGGACCGCCUUCUCCUGCAAAUGGGGUUAUCAGUCCGAGAGCGGCACCAAAAGGUCCCAGAGCGAGUUUAGGCAAGCUGUCAUCAUUACUGUCGCAUUCGCAUGUGGGUCGUGGGGUCAGUCGGAAUGGGUCGGGCAUUGACAUUGGCAGUUCAGUCGAUGAUGUGCAUGACACCACCGUGCAAAUACUGGUCAAGG